UCUUUUCCAAGACGUUACGAAUGUGUUUUCGCAACUAUACCCAACACUCCGGCUGCGGCCACUACGGCGAAACUUACCAGAAUUCUUACACGCCAUGCGAAACCGCCUUCCAAACUAUCCUAGCGACACGAGGUCCUUCCUCCCCACCCCUUUCCCCACCCGCGGAGUUCUUCAACCCAUCGCGACCAGCUUCAUACUCCGGUAGCGGCCCACCACAGGUCAAGCGCUCUGGCACCGCAACUGCGAAAUCAAAACGUUUUUUCAGCAUGUCAAAUAUGCUCCAGCGCUCCAACACAGCUACAUCUACGUCGCGACGCGCCGUGUCAGACUCAACAUCUUCUUACCCAGCGCUUUCAUCGUCAAACGGAAACGGAAACGGCUGGUUGAAUGACUUUGGAAUCCCUGAUCAUGAGUUGAACCAUGUAGCUAGCACGUGUCCGGGUUUGACUUCGCGUACGAUUGUGAGUAGUAGCGGGGGACAGGUUUGCAAGGAGUGCAAGGCGUGGAUCGAGCUGAUGCGGAGUAUGAUCGAAGGGUAUGAUAAAGGGAGAGGUGUACGGGGUACACCGGCAUUCAAGGAGUUUUUGAAGGAACGGGAAGAGGCCAAGGAGGUUCAGAUGGAACUGGGAUUGCCUUGAAUGUAUAUAGAAGUUUAUGGAGAGGAACGUGCGACGCGGGUAGUGAUGGUAAGCGGGUUUCGGGAGUUUAGUCCAUUAUCUUUGGAGAAUGCUCCAAUGCGGUGGGGUUUGCAGCGUAGAAGCAUUACUCAAGUCCCGACCACGUAUCGUUAAAUUCCAACUGGACCCUGCCCAAUUCUUCUACCAUCAACCAAGUUGACUGAAAAAAAAAAAUCCGGAAAAUCCGUACACUCCAAUGUGCACAGCAUGGUACACUCGUUUUCGCCGCUGUGGGCACACACGGCUUCGUUACUGGGACUACUGCCCUGCUGCCCAGUAAGUGUAGAUAUCAUUUGCCCGCGAUGUCAUCAACGAUGACUUAUUUUUCGGGCCUCAGGCGUGUAAAUGAAAUGACCCAUAUCUGCACCCAGACAAGCAUGAAAUACCGGAAUGACCAACAAGCAAUUAAUUGCUUCGGGUGCCUACGUGGAAGACAUGUCUCCGGACGACAACCAUGAGAUCCACGCAUCCGGGGGGAAACCGCGAUCCUGAAGGGGGCCAAGAAAAUUGUUGAAAUGACGAGGCAUGCGAAAAAAACAUUGGAACUACCAAAGCUUGGUCUCAAACCUGCCUCGAUUAGGUCAACUUCCUCUACCUUGUCGACCCCACGUCUGAGCGCGUUCUGACCUGCUUUCCUCAACAGCGCCUCAAGGUCAGCACCACUGAAGUCUUGACAAGCACUGCUUGAUGCAACAGUAGCUAGCUCUGGAUUGACGAUUCCACCCUUUUGCAGAAUCUGUGCUUUCAAUAUAUCGACCCGUUCCUGGGGACCAGGCAGCUGUACAUACAACAGCGUUUCGAGCCGACCCGGGCGCAACAUGGCAUCGUCGAUCAUAUCCGGGCGGUUUGUAGCGGCGAUUAAGUAGAUACCUUCGCGUGCGCUAAGACCAUCCAGCUCGGUCAAUAAGGUGUUCACAACACGGGCCGAAGCCUCGUGCAAUUCUGUCGAACGCUUAGGAACCAAUGCGUCUAACUCAUCGAAGAAGAUGACGCAAGGCACUGAAGACCGUGCGCGCAU